ACUUUAACCUCUACAUCUAAAAUUAUGCUGCCUUUCGGCCUUCGUUCCAGAAGAAAGCGCCACAUGAGAUCCACACGAUCCAGCUACUCAGAAUCUGAUGCUUCCGAGAGUACCCCAGACUCAGACCCAGGGCCAGAGCCUGAUAUCUUCAACCCUAGUUUACUAGAGGUCCUUAAAGUCCGACAUAUACUGCAAUGGAAGCUUAGCGCCGGUCUUCCCGAAGAACUCGUUGAUAUGAUCAUCGAUGCAGCAGAAUAUUGGCCAUCGAUAGAGCACACAAUACACGAACACCGAACCAUCCAUAAAGACUGCGAUCAGGUCUUGCUGAAGACAGUCCCUCUGUGCUAUGACCGAAAUAGUUUGGAACAAACAUCGCCCAAAACCCUCCCCCAUCGCGGCGCUCAUCCAUGCCGCAAAAUCAUCUUCAAACUCUCAUCGCAUGACCAAGGUAGCGGCCGAUGCCACGACAACAUGUACGAGUUCUCGUGGACCUGGUUCGAUACGGAAGUUAUCCGCAGCGCACACAAGCGAAACAUGUAUCUGAACGGUACGGAGCAGGAGAUUCUCGACAACGAGCGCGGACAGGUCCGGAAGCAUUACACUGAAGCUGAUGAUCUACUUCUUCCGCGCGGAAAUAAAUUGCAGGUGAAUGGUGCUCAUGUCGGCGAGAUGCAACAUACUACUAUUGUCUGGGACUAUCGGGAUGAUGUUGAGGCUGAUUCUGCUGAGGCUCAUGAGAUUGAGAAGACCAGGGGUCGGGGGAGACUCACGCUUGAUGGGCGGGGGGUUAGGGAGUUGGAGGUGGGAGAUUCGAUUGCUCUUUGGGCGAGGGCACGAUUCCCAGGUUGGUCGAAUCAUGUUCAUCGGGCUAGUGUGAGGAUUUUCUGGGCUGUAUGA